GUUAUAGAUUGUUUUUUUUUAACAUUACUGUCAGAAGUACAAACAGAUAAGUAUGUAUGUACACUUUUUUAAUUGACAAUCAGUUGAAAGAUGCACGUUACAUAAACGUUAGCGACAACGUUCUCGCCUUAUAGUAUGUGUCGAUGCAGGCCUUCGCUAUAUCGACUCCGGUUUAACUCACAACUUCGGGCGACUAGUCGACCACAUGACUUCAACGAGUAGGCAACUCGGCAUCACCCAGUCUACAGCUCAGUAUCGACUGUACAACAAGGAGAUAGCAACGCGUCGUCGACGAGCGGCAAGCGGGUUGUAGGAAGUUGAAGUCUUGUUAGAACUUUAUGCUGCACGACAUUACCAUGCUCUUAAUUAUGGAGUUGGUGUCGAACUGUCGAGUCGAUAUGGUACGCUAAGGUCUAGCGUCUGUUGUCGGAACGGAUUUGUAAUAAUAACGACUUGGGCCUAGGAGACACUGCACGUCUAUUUUGCGCCCUGCCGCGCAGACGUGUUCGUCCUGUGUCCUGGAUAAACUGCGUGUCUAACAAAGUUUUCGUAUCCUCUUUGUGUAUGAUGAAAUAUUUAUCGUCCGUUCAUCUUAAUCCGACGCGUGAACUGAUUGGCAAUAAAGUGCUGCAUGUUUCUUUUGUUUCGAUUUAUUAUUUACGUGAGAAACAAAUAACAUGUAACGACUUCUUAUAUAGGGCACUGAUCACUUGCAGCAUUAAAAAACCUUAAACAGAUCCCGAUGUCAAGUCUAACCACAUCGUACCUAAUUCAUUUUACACGCUUCCGACUUACGAUUGCUUUUACAAAUCUACUAGGGAAAUUAGGGACUAUAUCCCUCAUAUAAACUUAAAACUUAUUGAAUGUAAGCUUACAAAGGUUACGGAAGCUAGAUAAUGAUUCUGUUCUGUUUUUGUUAAAUAUAGUUUAAAAUUAAGCAAAGCAUGAAGUUUUACGCAUAAAUCUAUGAUUAAUAUUUAUUAUUUCGUCAAGAUAAGCGGGACAAAUAAUCUUGAAACAGUAUAGGAGUAUCGUCCCAAUAAACUUUUUCGAGAUGGUGCUAUCUUUACGUUGCACGUAGCGUGUAGUGUUUAUGUACUCUUUGUAAAAAGGUGCAGUCUAAUGGGGCCUUUCUCCAAACCAUAAACUAAAGAAAUCAAAAUGGCUGCCCCUCUGAGUGUCCAACAAAAUCUGACAAUCUAUUUGUCAAAUGGCAACAUCAAUAAAAUUCCAAUAUGUCAGUCGACCUGUCGGAAAGUACAGAAAAUGCCUUUGCAGUCAUUGUGUAUAGAAAUAUAAGUUAUAAAUAUGUGAAUAUUAGUUAAAGAUGGAUCAAUAAUGCAAAAGUGGAAUUGUUUUUAUUUGUAUUUUUUAUUAGAACUCAAAAAGUUGCGUUCCCCCAGUUGAUUAAGUUAAACAGGACGAAAAUAAUUUGUUAUUUAUUUAUUGUUUCGACUGAAGCUAAACCGUGGCUGCAUCAGUAAUCGGUGGUGUUGUGAGGCGUGUUUGUACAGUUUUUUAUUUAUUAAAUUUAAGAUUUGUUGUAAUGUAAAUAAAAAAUAUUGUUUGCACGCGCAUGCGUUUCCAUCGAAAACAGACAAAGGUUUUGUGUGGUUCGAAAAUCAGCUGUGUAUGCGAUGGCUUAGUGAUACCAAAAGUGUGUGUUUAUAAGCGACAAUGUUCAGUGAAAUUGGAUACAUUAUUCUGUUGCUCCUCGCCUUUCCAUACAUUGAAAGUGCAUCUCGGCGGCUCAGUGAAUAUGUGGAACACUACGAGCCCCUGGAGUAUGACGCAGAAGCGGUCCACGCACAUCACAAGCGAACGCGAAGGUCGGCUAGCCCGCCCGACCUUCACAUCAGCUUUCAUGCACACGAGAGGCACUUCAAGAUGCGUCUGCGGCGCGACUUGUCAGCCUUCAGCGAAGAUUUUAAGGUGGAAGGAUCUCAGGGUCAGCUACAUGACGUUGACACAUCACACAUCUAUCACGGAGAGUUGGUUGAUGAGCCACAGUCAGCAGUGUUCGGCUCGGUGACGGACGGAGUGUUCGAGGGGAAGAUAGUGCUGAACGACGGCGCUUACUAUGUGGAGCACGCGCGGCGCUAUUUCCCGCCGAACGGGACGCGCACGCGAGUCCACUCCGUCAUCUACCGCGAUGGCGACGUCGUGGAUCCAUACGCGCAUAGAAGACACGGUCACGUUGGAGGGUGCGGAGUGACAGACGAGGUAGUGCAAUGGAUGGAGCGCAUACAAAACUCGGGUGUAGACGACGACACCCCCGUCUCCGCCGCUCCCACGCACACGUAUCAUUCACUGGCGGCGCCCAGCUCGCAGCACCCCAACAGCUUGAGGGAUGAUUCGACUAGGAACUGGGACUUUCAUACUUACAACAAGUAUUCACGAGCCGCGAACACCGGCGAACAUUCGCGAGUUAGACGAGCGGCGGCCGACGAAAAGAUAAGAAAUAUGUGUUCACUUUAUAUACAGACAGAUCCGCUUAUAUGGCGGCAUAUUAGGGAAGGUUUUCCGGAUCACCGAGACCCUCAUAAAAAGAGCGAGGUAGACGCUAAAACACGAGAAGAAAUUCUGUCACUUAUAUCGCACCACGUGACCGCAGUCAACUACAUAUACCGAUACACGAAAUUCGACGGUCGCAAGAAAGAACACCGAAAUAUACAGUUUGAAGUACAAAGGAUAAAGAUCGACGACGAUUCAUUGUGUACCCCACAUGUGUUCGGGAGCGAAAGCAACCAGUUUUGCUUAGAAAAUAUCGACGUGUCAAAUUUUCUGAACCUCCACUCACUCGGCAACCAUGAAGACUUCUGCCUUGCCUACGUGUUCACGUACAGGGAUUUCACUGGAGGCACACUGGGGCUCGCAUGGGUAGCAAGUGCUAGUGGCGCCUCUGGAGGUAUCUGCGAGAAGUAUAAGACAUACACAGAGACGACCGGCGGCAUGUACCAGAGCACGAAGCGCUCUCUGAACACUGGAAUCAUCACAUUCGUUAACUAUAACAGCAGAGUGCCGCCCAAAGUGAGCCAGCUUACACUAGCGCACGAGAUCGGGCAUAAUUUUGGAUCUCCGCACGAUUACCCUUCGGAAUGCCGUCCGGGAGGACAAGAGGGCAACUACAUAAUGUUCGCUUCCGCAACUUCGGGCGAUCGACCCAACAACAGUCGUUUCUCAACUUGUUCUGUCGGCAAUAUCAGUGCAGUGCUAGAUGCCGUGCGUGACGGCCGCAAACGAGACUGUCUCAAAGAGAACGCUGGCGCCUUCUGCGGUAACAAGAUCGUUGAGGAUGGCGAAGAGUGUGACUGCGGUUAUAACGAAAAGGAAUGUAAUGAUCGUUGUUGCUACCCAAGACAGUUGAGCAACUAUGAUGUUGAAAGAAACAGUUCUGCAAAAGGCUGCCAACGGAGAGCCCACACACAGUGCAGUCCAUCACAAGGCCCCUGCUGCAACGCCCAGACCUGUGAAUUCGUAUCAGCUGUGACCAAUCAGACGUGUAGAGAGGCCACUGAAUGCAGUCACGCCUCGUUCUGUUCCGGCCGAUCUGCUGAAUGCCCCAACCCGCGCGCUAUGAACGACCACACAAAAUGCAAUAAUGGUACACAAUUAUGUAUCAAGGGGGAAUGCAGUGGCUCUAUCUGUCUUGCGUGGAAUAUGAAGGAGUGCUUCCUAUCCUCAUCGCCCACGAAGAUAGGCGACGGCGUAACUGCAGUUGUCAACAGAAGGGCGUUAUGUCAGUUGGCCUGCCAGACCGGGCCCGACCCAGAAUCUUGUAGGAGUACAGCGGAAUUCGCCCAUCAAGUGGGCCUGCCAACUGGUGGCAUUAGUUUGCGACCUGGAUCACCGUGUGAUAACUUCCAGGGCUACUGCGACGUGUUCUUAAAAUGCCGCGCAGUGGACGCCGAGGGUCCCUUAGUGAGGCUGAAGAAUCUUCUGCUAAACCGCGCGACAUUGCAGACUGUGCAAGCGUGGGUCACAGAGCAAUGGUGGGCCGUUUUGCUCGGUGGGGUGGCCCUCAUUGUAUGUAUGGGUGCUUUCGUCAAGUGCUGCGCCGUUCAUACGCCUUCUUCUAAUCCGAAGAGACCGCCAGCAAGGCGGUUGUCUGAGACGCUGCGCCGCCCGAUGAACACGCUGCGGCGCAUGCGCGGCGCGGCAGGGGAGGCGCGGCGCGCGGGCAGUGCGCAGCGAGCGCCCCGCCCCGGACACCGGCGCGCGCGGCAACACAAGGGCUACGCGCCGCCGCUCACCUACGCCGCCAGAGAUCUCGCGUCAGCGCCGCCCGGGCCGAGCGGUCGCCGCACAGAGCCGUACGCGAACGCAUACCCGCAGUCAUACGAGAUGCGUCCCGCGCAGAAGGUCUGACAGUACGAGCCAGGCGGGGCGGGGCAGCUUGAGCUGGUUGCGCUGGCGCCCGGCGUGCCGCUACUGCUGGGCUACGUGUGCCGCGCGCCCGCGCCCGCCGCGCCCGACCGCACCGUCACCGUCGCCUCGCAGACCACCAUCACGCUGCACUCGCCCGACACGCUCGCCGUCACGCACCACCCGCCGCCCGACCAGCGGGACAAGUAAGCGCGUACCAGCGACCGCAAUGGCGAGGCUUGUGAGUUGAACCCGCCGUUACACGCUCACCCAUCUCAGCUUCCCCUUAUCCAAGUUGAUUGUUUUAAAUCGUUACGCUGUAGAAAUUAAUGUGUGAGUACACUUUAUUGUACACAAAAAUACUAAAAUAAUAAUAACAAAAAAAAUAAACAUUGAAUACUAUAGAAUUAGCAGCCUUAUUGCUAAAAAUCGAUCUCCGCCAUGCAAUAAAACUGACGAGAAUAUUUUGACGUGCAGACACAGGAAUAGGUAAAGGUUACAUAAUAAUAGGUUUUUGUAUUACAUUAUUAUGGCACAUGACGACCACGUGGUUACCACGUGAUACCACGUGACGCAUCGUUAUAUACCGAGCCAAUUUAGAUUUUUUUUUCUUUUGGGGUCUUACGUGCGUUCGGUAUGGCUUAGUCGUCGCGUAUUUUGAGUCUAGUAGAACAUUUAAAGGCUAGAAGGUAUUUUGUUAUAUCACUGAGUAACCACGUGGUGAUUGAUCAUGUGACAAAAUUAAGUUACCAUUUCAUUUCUUUCUAAAGCGUCAACGAUCACAGAUAGUCUACUUGGCUAAGAGGACAUGGCUGUUCGACGAAAGUGUUCAUAUUGGUGGGUAUACACACAUCCUCCAAAAAUCAUUGGUGAUUGGGCUAGACAAGCCACCCAAUAUAAAUUUAGAACGUUGUGCGACAGUGAAGUUUGUGAACAUUAAAACCUGAUGGUAUAAAUGAAUAUUGCCUGAUGGUGUAUAGUGAGAUUCGCGCAAACCUUGUGAUAGUAACUACAAACUACAACGAGUCCAAAGAGCAGACGAACGCGUCUCGCAGGAACAUUAAAGCUGAUCGCACAUAAGAGACGAACCACAUGCGGCGAAUUUUCAUUUAAAAUAAGGAAGUUUGGUUGUCUAGGAAAUGAGGAUGUCGUUAUCAGCACGGAUUUCCAGUAUUGAAAAUGCGUUCCUUGCGGCUGGUCUUCGUAAUGUGACAUCAACUUACCUCGAUCGCCCUAUCCUAAUAUCGAAGGCUGUUGGUUAAUUUUAACGCCCAAGGUUAAUAAUAAAAUCAAUCUAAUCCAAAAUCUUCAGAUAGUAGAUUGAAUUUAAUUUAGUGCUAUCCUUAUAUUGCAGAAAAAAGAAGGAAAAGGAAAGCAAUAGUAAAUUCGAUCUAUCAUAUAAAGGGUUUAUAUAAGAUUGAUUAUUGAUUUUUCGGGCGUAAAGAUAUGCAAAUAAUACCCAUCCUACCUAUUCCGCAUCUAUUUUGUCUAUACAAAAUGUACAAACUAAUUAAAGGAGGUUUUACUCUAAGUGCUAUAUAUUACUGGAAUGUUUGUAUAUAACCUAGGCAUACCAUUGUCGUCGGAUCAUAGGCUAUAUAACGUCUUAAUGGCUUCAUAUCGAACGAGUUCUUUUUAGGGUUAACUCAUUCACGGGUGAUGAUUUAUAAGAUUUCGUCGCAUUCUAAGUGAGAUUGUGGAUAUUUGAUAGUAUUGAAAAUAUUUUAGCACUUAAGAGAUGCUCGUAAUAAUUGGAUCUAUAGCUUUAUAAAUAAAACAAUACCUGAUAAGUUCGAUGCUUUCCUAAUCGGCCACAUCCGGAGUUCUCCGGUGUCCCCAUUUUUGUUUUACUCAUAUCCUCCAAACACGAUUUCCGUUUAAACUUAAACAUCCUUUUUCCAUUAUAUGGUUGCAACGACGAACAUGAGCGUAAAUUUUACCAUUCCAUACUAAUCCAGUACAUGAAGGUAAUUCCUUUGCGACGUUUGUAUGGAUUUACUGAUGAUGAUGUAUCAGUAAAUCCCCUUAAAAUAGGGAACCAGUAUUAUUUGAAUUAAUUUCUAGAAUAUGACCUCUGAGAAUCUCGUCUUUAAUAAACACAAAUCGCUGCCCCCUAAUAAGUGCAAUAAAUAGGUUCAAACUCUGACAUUAAAUACUAAACUUUCUAUAACUAAAACUAGGUCGAUCUUGAUGAGUAAAUCAUAAACCACAGACCUGGAUAUUGUGGUUAUGCUUACUAGGUAAACCAGAUUCGCGAUAGAUACAAAAAAUAAUUAGUAAAAUAAUUAUAAAGUCUGUGAGGCAGAGUUAUUGCAUUUUUCGUAAGGACGCCGGAAUGGUUUAGUAACGCUAGUUGAUAACCAGUUUCUCGAAUAUUCUGGCACUUUUCUGCAACUUUAGCGACCAAAUACCCAAGAAAUAAAUAAGUGAGUUUAUCUUAACGCGUACUUAGAACACGCUAGAUGCCUAGAUAGGCCGUAUCCUAACUAAAUAGAGAUUGUUAUAGUAUUAAAAUAGUAGCAAAAAUUACAUUCCAAGAUGUAACUUUACUGCCCGUGACUUAUUAACCAACGACUGAGAGAGCAUAGGGCUUACCUUUCAGCAGCUUGAGCAACUUUUUAGACGUUUCCGCUACUCAAACUCGCAAUAAAAUGGGGAGCGUCUAAAGAGUAGCUUAAACUAAUGUAUCCACUGAGAGGUCGGCCUGAAUUUAUAUUCUAAUAAAUAGGAUUACUUUAAGCUUACCGCGUCCAGUAAACCAAGUCGUAGCCAGAAACCAAAUUCUAAACAAAUGUGAAUUAUAGCCUCUUGCUUUAAGUCUUAUUCAAAAGCAAUUAUUUACAAUAUAAUCUAAAGAUUUAAUGUCCACAAAUACUGAAAAAUUUAGAGAAUCUCUAGAAAUAACAUGUUUGUGUCUGGUUACAGCCUUUUUAAUGUUUGAUGAUGAUAAUGGUGUAAAUUUUACUGUACAUAAAUCUGAUAUCUUGAUUUAUCAUAUAUUUGCAAUUAUGCAACGCUAACGAGGGGCCAUUAGUUCAUUAAAUAUCAAAGCAACCUGUGCCAGUCAUGAGCCCAUUAAAACAUUCCUGCAAGGUCAAGGGCAGAGCAGUCUGAAAUAAACUUUGCUUGCAGAAUCGCGUAGAAUUCAUUUGUGUACUUAUGCAGAAUACAUCUUAAUCUUUCUUUCCAUAAAUCUCGUAGGAAAUCCUUAUUUUUUCGGCAUAAAAAGUAUCUUAUAUCCUUGUUAGGCAUCUAUCAAGCAAAUAUGUUAAGAUUAAUUUCGGCAUCAUAGGUUGAUCCGUGCAAAAGUAACAAAUAAACAAAGAGACAUAUUUUAAUAUUAGCAUGGAUUAAUUUUUAUUGGAUUUGGACCAUGUUAAACUGAUAAACCGCGUUGCAACAGCGUGGCCGGCUCAAGGGAGACAAAGAGGAGGCUUAUGUCUUGCCAUGGGGAUUUUAUGGACCAAGUAUGAUGGUAUUAUCCGUGGAAUAUCUACGCGAGCAUGGAAGACAGAAUUUGAUGCACGGCAUGCCGAAAGAUUAUCUUGGGCGCGUUUUUUAUUUUUAUAUAAUUGAUUUAUUUAAAUACAAUUAAUUCUGUUUUUAGUCUAUGAACUCCAUAUCAAUUGAAUUUAGAUAGAUUUGUGUACAGAAAAAUUCACCAUUUGGUUUACCAAUUUGAAUGGAAGUAAAAUGGAAGUAAAUGGGUACAUCGGUCUGCUUUAGACUAUAUUUAACUUACCCUGUGUUCACAAACCUUUCUUGUGUUGUUCACACAGCAUAGGUUAAGUCAAUCAGGACCCUUAUUCUCGCAUUGUCUUCGUUUCCUUAGCCCUAUGCUUAAAAAUUGACUUUUUGUAGGGAUUUGCACACAGGAAUUUGCUGUUUGCGUCAAGCGAAUACUUGGAUACCUGUCCACUUUAAUCUUUUAACAAUAAUACCAAUUCUGUUGUACAAUUACAAUUCUUGAUGUGAAAAUUUCCGACACUCUUUGUAUGAAGAUGUAUCAUUUAGUUUCGUUCAAUUAAGUCUCUGCAUAUGAGAAUCUGGGUUCUGAUUAUAGUAAUAUGACGUAAUGAUUGUGAAUACUUUGGUUAGUGUUGAAAUAACGCCUUCCAUGGUGGAAGCAAUGAGACAACUGGGCGUCCGCCAAACUGAGCUUACAGAAAUCUUAAUAAUACAAGGUAAUACAAGUGCCAGGGGAAUUUCACCAGAGCUGCCAACCUACCAGCUUCUGCCACUUUAUAAAUAUAGGGAUAACAUUUUAAGCUUCAGUAUAGGCCUGGCAGAUAGGUGUUCUAUUGUUUAUUUGAAUAAACAUAGAUCCCUAAAUUUAUUAAUGGUGACGUUCAAAAUUACUUAAAGCAGCAAUAUGAUCCUAGUAAUGCCCGGAUCUUUUUAUACAUAUACUGGGCCAGACUAUGUCAAUAACUGUUUUUUAAUAGUAUUCCUGUCCAUUGCUGGACACAAAGCCUGAGAGUGGCUUGAGGAUUAUUCCACAAUUAAAAUGCUGGGCACAAGAAAGAUGGCUUGGUGAUAACAGAAGAUGGUAGUAGUAGCACAAAGGACGCUACAACGAUGGCCGCCCGUUUUCCUUUAUAUUCCCUAAGUCGCUUAGUACGACACCCGCGGGAAGAGAAGGGUUAUUGACAGCUGUAUUCUGAUCUGCCGUCACUAUACGGCACUAUUCCAGAAAACCAAUAAUAAUGCCAAGUACGCUGUACACAGAUAUCAGAUCUUAACUAAAUUGACUAGUUUAAACGUAGUACCAUACCUUUCAUUUUGUUCUUUGUGGAAACGGAUAUAGUGUGCGCGCAACCGCUAGUCAUUGCCUGAGGUAUGUCAGCGUUGAGACAUUGACGGCGCGAUUGACGAAACGUACAUGUUAUGUUCGUUUGGAACAAACUGGCGCGAAUAAUUCAGUUGGGUAACCGUCGCGGUGUUCGACGGCAGACUAAGUCAGCUCUGACGUUUGUCUAACUCCCUCCGUCCUGCCGCUCACAUACCUCAGGCGGUGACUAGUGGCUAUACUAAAGAACAAUUUGAAACUUGUCAAUUUAGUCAAAUUAGAUAUAUCUGUACAGCAGAAUUGGUACCUUUACCUUAUUAUUUAGAUUUCUGCGGCUAAGCCUAACCGAAUGGUGUUCUAUCAAAUAAGCUAUUAUUUUUAUACGAGAUUAGUAGAAUAGGGCGCGAAAUUCCACCAGUAACGCUCCAAGGAACUCCGACCGGACAUUUAUGUAUAUUUUUGUAUAUAAAUGACGACUAUAUAAAGGCUACCAAUGUAAAAAUAUCAUGCAAAUAAUAACUAUAAACGUACCGUUAUUAGUCUAUAUACAAACAGACUACAUUUAAACCGCAGGCCAACUGGAAAACUGUCGUUGAUAUAACAGUUGAAUCAACUGUAAUAAUGCAGUUGACUUGUCAGUUAUGACAGCUGCAAUAUAAAUUUUGAAAAUGGUGCAAUAAUGAUUAUCGCAAUGCUUUUCGGUGGUAGCUAGAAGAUCAUAAAUUUUUCCAACAAACAAUUUCAAUGAUCAUCAACAGUAUCUCAAAAGGCGAAUGUUUACUGCUGGGCAUUGUCGUUAUAGAGAUUUUGUAUGCCAGCUACAACCUACGAUUAGUUUGAUAUUGCGAGGAAAAUAAGAAAUAAAGCUUCCUUUCAAUACGCUCUUGAUCUUGUUGUAUUUGUUGCCAAUUCUGGUGUACUUACAUCUCUGAACUAAAUUAAAGUCACUAAUCUUAAAAAAGUUCUGUAAAAAAAAUAUUCGAUAAAAAAAUUGCAAAAAAAAGACAACACUACUGUAAUAUAAACUGUCGUGUUAAUAAAAAACGCGACUUUUAACUGAGUCUAGGACCUUCAUCUCCUAAAUGUCAAAAGUCGCGAUUUAAUCAGCAGGGCUGAACUGAAUUUGCAUUAUUGUCUUAAUUAAGUCAUAGGCAGAUUGGGUCUGGUCGUAUCGCGGCUGGUCUGGUCCGGGUCACGUCAGAAUAUUACCCAACUGGCUUGCGGUUCAAAUGCAAUCAGUCUGUAUACACAAUUAGAAUAAUGUAAGUUUAAUGCGUUAUUUUACUGAAUCUCCGUAAUGUAAUGUAAUUUUUAUAUAAUGUUAUUUUAAUGUAAUAUUAUAUAACGUAAGCGGAAUGUUGAGGUGCCAUUAUACCAAUUUGUAUUCCAAGUUUUGUUACAACUUCCUGUGUCUUUAAUGUGAUUUCGUGAGUGAUUGAUAUAAAAAAAUGUAAAGAAACCUGUGGGCUCAAGUUGUUGACUAAUAGUUUUGUAAAGUUUUUUCUCAAUAUCAUUUGAAACUUCAAAGUUUAUUAUUAUGAAUGUUUGUCGUCGACGUUUUUCGUCGCUUUACAAUUAAUUAGUUACAAUUUAUUAAAAAUAAAGUUACGCGUACCCUUAAAUGUGAACACGCGAACGAAGUGAAACUUCUUUGGAUUAUUGUCAUACGCUCGUAUUUUGUUUGUUUUAAAAAACUUUUGAUUAGGUUGGGUCGGCUCGGAACCGGUCCGGUCCGGGUCAAGUCAGAUUAGUUGAAAUUAUACGGAUAUUAUAAGAAUAGAUGGAAGCAUGAAAUGGAACCAGUAUUUUAUGCUUAAACACUUACUAUUAAAACAACAUACGGGUCCCAAAGAAGUUUCACUUCAUAAAUGAAAUUAAAGCUUAUAUUAAUUAGUCUUCCUUAUGACAACUUAACGUUAAUUGUUUAGUAUAUUAUUUAGAUGUAAAUGUGAAAUUUGAACAGUAUUGCCAAAUGAUCAAAUGUUACUAGACUGAAAAAAUUUCUCAACAUUAUUGUAAUAAAAUUUUGCAUUUCUAAUUUAUUCCGCGCUUAAUGCGCUUGUUUGGCUCAAACGUACUUUAUUAAGUGUAUGAUUUAUCGACUUAUUACAACAAAAAAUAGCAUAUCAGAAAUAAAACUCACUGUCGAGUAUAACCUAAACCCAUCAAUCUGUUGUAUUGUUUCAGUUUAAUUGAUCUCUAAGUAUUAUUUUUUUUCUCAAAUGUAUUUCAUAGUGUAACAUUCGUCGUGCAAGCCAAAGAGCAUGAUGUAUUCUUAUGAUUUCUAUACAUUAAUGUUAAGAGUCAAUCUUUUUAAGUAACAACACAGUAUUACAAUAUUUAUUUACAGGAGGGCAACACUUUGAUCCCGGACGUAACCGUUGACUUGUAGGUAGUAAAUAUUUAGGUUCUCAUAGCACAUCAGCACAGCUUAACACAGGCUACUGUCGCAGGAAAGAGGGAGUUAGAACAUUGUUCCACCAGGCUCCUUCAAUGCGAGUUAACGGGUAACAGAUUAUUACCAUAUUCUAUAAAUAAUAACUGGGACGGACGCUACAUGCUCCCCGGUCCAAGGGGAUGGACAACGCAACUUCCUAACUCCGGGCUUUCCUUACUUACCCAAAAAAAAAAUGGAACGUAAUACUUAUUUAAAUUUGCUACACUAAACCAACGAGGCAAUACAUAAACAAAAGAUGUAACAAAAAUGAAACAUAAAGCACGAUCGGUUGGUUCUUUUAAUGCCUCCUGCAUCUCCACAUACUCGGAACUCUAAACCCUGAAAGCUGAUGAAAAUUGUUGACCCUCUUUGAUAGUGAAAACGUGAUUACUAAUUAAUUUAUUUUGACUUCAAUUGUGACACCUUAAAAAAGGAAGUGUGAUUCGAAGUCAGUAAGCCAAGCCAAAAUGACUGAUACGGUUUCCGAGAAUCCUCCACUAAAGUUGCUCAACUGUAUGUAUUGUAAAACUGUAGCAAUAGUUGAAUGCCUUUUCAGCAAAGAUUUAAAUUGUUAGAUAUAAAUUCAUUUGGCAAAAGUAUUCCUCGUAAAACGAAUGGGCUCACUCAUUCGGCAUUAAGGAAUGUCGCACUGUCAUAUUAUGACUAAUGCUCGUUUUCACUAAACCUAGGAAACGCUUAAACCUAAUGGAUAACAAAUUGGGUGAUGCGUAGAAAAAAAUAUUUCACCAAUUUUUUGAUGAUGAGUAACGACAUUACGCCAUCGCCAUCAAAAGUUACGACACCGAUUCGGCGUUGCAAAUUGACAAAUAAAAAAAUUAGAAAUUAGGUUUUUUUUAAUAACCUUAAUUCCAUACGAAAAAUUAAAAUUGUAACAAUAUAAACACAAAAUACCACACCUUGUGACAAGAAUUAUAGAAAAGUUAGGUUCUAGGUUAGGAGUUUUCUAGUAAAAAUCGAUCGAUGAAAGGUAAAGGUCGUCGUUAGUGAAAACGGACCGUUGUAACCGUUAGUAACCGUUGAGUGGUAAAAAAGAUUCCUACUGUCUAGACUCAAAAAUGCCUAGUUAAUCAAGUGGCGUUUUCAACUGCUAAUGAAGUGUUCGAGCACUUUCCAAUAAAAUGGGUCUAAUGUUUCUCGUUUUAGAAUAGGAAAUUCUGUACUUCUGAUUUUUGAUUUGCAAUAGUUCUGCCAAAAGCCCAAACUUAAGAACUGAAAGCAAAUUUGAGCUUUAACUUAAUGCCAAUAAGAACUAUUUGACUCGGAUGUUCAAGUAUUUCCAUACUCUAAAACGACUCUAAGAUUGCGAGCGAGCUAAUCGUGUACUAGGCUACUGGCCAGCAGUGGUGAACUAUAAGUUGAAUAUGAAUUGUCUUUAUAAUUAAAUAUUUAGCUUUCGUGCGCAAAAAUUGAACAGUAGUCAAUAGAUAUAUGGAUGGAUAUAUCUAAGUGUUAAUUAUGAUAUAAUAGCAUUUGAAUGCUCACCAUCGUAGAGUAGUAUUUGGGUAACAUAAAACUGUUGGAGAUAAUAAACCUAAUGUUUUCGUUUUAAGGCUUCUACAGUUCGUCUACACUCCUGCGGUCGGCGCUCUUAGUGUUUGAGCUACAGCAAAGCUAGUUCAUUUAAUAAAAACCUCCAAUGUUUAUGGUCCAUAUAGUAGGAAUCUUUUAACAGAUGCACAUAAAAAUAUUACAGUUAUUAUAUGCAACGAUUUAAAUCUUUGCCUGUAUUAAAAUACUUAUGACGACAGUACACAAGUUCUUGUAAUUUGUAAUAUAAAUAUUGUAUAUUUGUAUGUAAACCGCGAGGGUAAUGUUUCCGUUGUAGAGUGACUCGACCAAUCGUCUAUUUGGUGGUAAGUUGUAACCAUCGUGUAGUUAUCCAUGGCAUUAUGUCUUCUAAAUGUAAGCUAGUUUACCUACAAUAGAAUAUUUAAAUGACAAUGUGAAUAUUUUUAAUUAAAACAUGAAUGUUACAACAUGUGAU